AUUUAGCGUGUACUAUUUAUUUUGCUAUGACAUCGAUGGCACACAAAAUCUACGAUUGAUUUUUUAAACCCUCUAAUUACUAAUUUGCUAUUUAAAAAGGCAGUUUUUUGCUUAGAAAACAAUCGGCAAUACUUACUAUACGCGGAAAUUCAAAAAUUGUGCGUGUUAGAUUGUUUGUAACCUGUAAAAGAUGCCUUCGUAAGCGACCCUGGUCAGGCAUGUCAAAGACUCGGUGGCUUUGGUAGCAGUCGGUUCUCCUGCACUGCGUACUGAAACUUAUUUAUGUUUUCGCUCGAUCGUUGUGUUAAUAUUUGUGAUAAUUCCAUAUUGAACAAUAAAAUCAUGUUUGAUUGAACGGCAGUGAAUUUGUAAAAUAUUCUAGUCUUUUUCUUCCAUAGUUUACCCUCGUUUUUUUGAUUUUACGGACUUUGAAAAAUAUCAGUUAGUGCCAUAUAAAGAGCCACCAUGUUCAGCGACUCAUUCGAGAGACGCCUGAUCCAGCAAUGCAGCCCCGUCGGCAGGAAGUCACUGGUCAUGAGGUCCGAGAGGAUGGACAGGUUCGUGCCUCUCAGGCGGGGGCAGAAUUGGCAGACCAGCUUUCAAGCGAAAGGCAAAGGUGCAGAGAACCAGCCACCAAAAUCGCAGAGAGACGCCAACAGCGACAGCCCAGGUGGCGGUCGUGAUUACCAAGUGUAUGGCUGUCUCCUGCGAAACGAGCUGCUGGGCACACAGAUCGAAGAGUUGAGAGGCCCGCCGGCGAACAGGACAGAGGGGAACAGGACGGCUCUCCGGCCCGUGAAGGACCUUAAGGGAUACAUGCCGCCGGUCUACAGCUUCAGCUCGCCUGUGAAGAAAGAGGACACGAUAAACACGCCGCCGCACAACCUCUCAGCCAUAUCCAUGCCCUCGCAGAAACUACUAUGGGCGCCAAGGAAGACCAUGCGCAAGAUAUCGCGGAUACCGUUCAAAGUGCUGGACGCGCCUGAGCUGCAGGACGACUUCUACCUGAACCUGGUCGACUGGUCCGCGCAGAAUGUGCUCAGCGUCGGCCUGGGGAGCUGCGUCUAUCUGUGGAACGCGUGCACCAGCCAGGUGACCAGGCUUUGCGACCUAUCAUCAGAAGGCAACGCCGUCACGUCAGUAUCUUGGAGUGAGCGAGGCAGCAUCGUUGCCGUGGGCACACAGAAGGGGCACAUCAGCGUGUGGGAUGUCGCGGUUAACAAGGAGGUAUCAAAAUUGCACGGGCAUUCGGCGAGGGUUGGUGCGCUGGCGUGGAAUGGUGACGUGCUCAGUUCUGGUUCUCGGGACCGGUACAUUAGGCAACGGGAUACGAGGACGCCGCAAGUCAACACAGCAGUUCGGGUGCUUCAAGGCCACCGGCAGGAGGUCUGCGGGUUGAAAUGGUCUCCCGACGGUCUUUCGCUCGCGUCCGGGGGCAACGACAACAAACUACUCAUCUGGUCACUGCAUUCCUCGACACCAGUACAAACCUACUCGUCCCACGUGGCCGCAGUGAAGGCCAUCGCGUGGUCGCCGCACCAGCACGGGCUGCUCGCGUCCGGCGGCGGCACCGCCGACCGCUGCAUCCGCUUCUGGAACACGCUCACCGGCCAGCCCAUGCAGUACGUGGACACGGGUUCACAAGUCUGCAACCUAGCGUGGUCGAAGCACUCCAGCGAGCUGGUGUCGACGCACGGUUACUCACAGAACCAGAUACUGGUGUGGAAGUACCCUUCGCUUACACAGGUGGCAAAAUUAACCGGUCACUCGUACCGCGUCCUCUACCUGGCCCUAUCACCCGACGGCGAAGCGAUCGUCACCGGCGCCGGAGACGAAACCCUCCGUUUCUGGAACGUGUUCUCCAAGUCCCCGUCACACCGCGAGCGGCAGAGCGUGCUCAACCUACACACGUCGCUCAGAUAAACAAAGUACCACAGACUAAAUAAACGUUAUAGUGGCGAAGUUUCAAACUGCUCACGUGGCUAACCGCAGACUAGUCACUAACUAGUCUGUGGCUUAGUGGACAUACAAAGUGCGAAGUCAGACUGUGCUAGUGAAGUGCGAAUCGUAGUGCCACAGACAAUAAGAUGUCCAUAGACAAUUCGUCGGUGUUAGUCCUUCAUUAUUGAAUUGGAGUCUAUGGUUUCAAGUAAGACAUGAUGAUCUAACGUUUAGCACUCAUGGGUGCGUUCUACUAGUGUAGAUUGUUAUACUUAUAUAUUAUAUUUUGUCACAUAGCUAGCUUGCUUUGCAUGCAAGUAGGUUUAAAAAGGUCAUCGUGUUACUUAGCACUCAUAGACUUCAACAGUCCAAGUUGUAAACCAUAUGAAUAGCAUACGGCUAGCUGUUAGAAUGGGAUAGCUGUACACAUUUUCUUUCGGCCAAGACUACCAACUGCUUUGUACAGAUAGCAUAAAAUAGAUAUUGAAACAUACCGUUUUGUCUAUGGUAACAAAAGUGUGUAACGAUAUAAUUGUGGUAUUUUCAACCAAUAGGGUACUUAUCGUCGGUUGUCAGUAAGACGCUAUUUAUAUAUAGCUUCAAUUUAAAAUCUUACCGACAUCCGACAAUGUGGUACCUUGUGGUUGAAAAUAUCACAUUUGGCCACUUAGGCCGUCACUAUCUAUUUGAUUGUGACCACCAACAAAACAGUUAGUGUAAAAAUGGUUCCUAGUACUUUGUGGAGAUAUUUUUUUCUACUGGCGACUGAUUAUGCUAGGGUUGACAGAAGGAUAAUGCCGACUUUAUAAUUUAUUAUCAUAAUUUUUUUUUUAGAUAUCUAGUUAGUAUAGAAUAUAGAAGCUGGUCUGUUUCUAUUGCAUUUUACUAGAAAUUCUUUACUAUUAUGUACAUAUGUUUUGGAUAUUCUAAUAUAGUGUUUAUAUAAUAUACUAUAAUUUAUUAUUUUCUAGUUUAGGUCGCGUUGGGAAAACUUAAAAGAAUUUGCUGUCAGAGUUGAUUUCUUUAAGAAAUUUAAGUUAAACUCUUAUUAAGAAUUGAACACGCAAAUCUUUUUUCAUCAUACUUGUGUUGUUGUGUGUCAAUAGCGGUGUUAAUGUAUGAGUUUUACUUUUAGAAUACGGAAAUAUUUUUUUUGUGUAUGUUUAUAAAUAUUUAAUGUCAUUAAUUUAAUAGCCAUUUUCAAUUUUCAAUCGCGGCUGAAUGCCGGAUAGGGUUAUGCCUUAGAUGCCUAUCCUGUCAAAAAUGACAAUAUGGAGGACGAAUGUUGAAAAUGUCACCGUAUUUAAGAAUUAUUUCGCUUAAAAUUUACACAAGUGUGAUGAAAAACAUUGUGUGCCACGGGCGGUACAAGAAUUACGAACGCGUGUUAAAAAAAUUAACACUUGUUCGUAAAUUCAUGUUUAACGCCCUUAUUACACAAUGUAAUAUAAGUUUUCACUGCGUAGAAGAAUACAAAGUCUAUUUAAUUAUCUUUUACUGUGUUUCUGAAUGUUAUUGAUCGCCUGGAUAAUCUUUAUGUAUUUCUUCAUUGUGCUAAAUGUAUUGCAAGAUACAAACAUGUAUCGAUUGGUAAUAUUUUGGGGUUAGAAGCAUAGGGUCUAAUUAGCAAUUCGUCUAUAGCUGACCUAAGCUGCCCGUCUAAUUCGCAAAUGGUCCAUAACGCAUUUCGUCUAAAUAGCAGUUCGUCUAAAAAGCAACUGGUCUGCUUUUUAGACAAAAUGCGAUAUAGACCAUUUGCGAAUUAGACGGGCAGCUCCAUAGAUGAAUUACUAAUUAGACCCCAUGCUAGUAACCCAUAUUUUAACCCAAUUAGUGUCAAAUUUGACACUUGAAUGGGUCAAUACAUUUCCUACCGUUUACAUAUAAAGAAUGCACAAAGAAAUAGUUUUCGAAUAAUUUACUCUAGUUUCUGAAACUUUUAGUGUUACAAGUGAAUUUUGGGUCAAAUUACACAUGUUUUAGAAGAGUUUUAGUUUUGAGUGUUAUAUAAUCAAAACUUUCGUAAACUCUUAAUAAUUUUCAUUUAUGGGAAUACAUUGUAAUUAAUUUUUUUUUCUGUUUCAGCGUGUUUUUUAACUUGUUCUAUGUCUGUGUACGUGAAGUAGGGAUAUCAUUUUGUCAUACAAAUUACAUAAUUAAGUAUUAACAAUAUUUUGAAAAUACAUUUCCGCAUAACCCAGUUAUCGUUUGAGUAGUAACUGAAUGGGUAAAUCAAAUAAUUUAAUUGAAUGUUAAAUACUUAAUUUUAAUUGAAACUUAAAUUAGUAAGCUAUUGCAUAAAGCACUAUUUUCCACCAUACUUAUUAUACAAACGUGUCGUCAUAUCAAAUAUUUUUAUCCGUAAUGUACCGACAACGAUACAGUUAAAUAAACCUAUUAGCAGGCGCACAGUUCGCGUCUACGUGAAAUAAGUGUCACUUUUUCACCCCUAGCGAAUGAAAGAGACGGAAGACUUUAUCAAGUUAUCACGUCACGUAGGCAAAUACAACUAUUAUAUCCGUAAGGAGCGAGUCACUUGGGAACUAAGCGGUAGGUACAUGAGUAAAAGUGGAGAUUUUCCGGAUUGUAAGGUAAAUUAGCUGUAAGUUUUCAUAGGGGAGGUUGCUUCAGUACAAAUUAAAGGUUUCUCAUUGUAAGGUAAGGUGGGACAAGACAAACACUUGUAUACUGUUUGUCUUGUCCCGAGCAAAAUAAUGUAUCGUCUUAGCCCACCUUAUAUCAAAAUAACAGUGUUCCAAUUAUGUUACGAACAUAUAUGUAUCAUAUGUAUGUAUAUUAUGUGAUAUUAUAGAUAACUGAUAUCAAUCAUGUAAGACAGAUCAGGGAAAUGUGCAGUGAAUGAGGGGUACCGCGUUUAAUUUCGCCGCUAGGGGCACUAGUGUAGACGGAGGUCUUUCAAAAUUUCAAAUGCAUAGAAUUUUUUGGGUUUGCAAGCUUUUUUUAUCGCGAAUUUUCACUCCUUAUUUAUAAUUUUGGUAAAUCUUUUUCCAUAUUUGAUUAAUCAUGGUAAACAUUAGAUAUAGUUUAAAAAAUGUUAGUGGUUUAAAAAAAGUGCCAACUAAAAUAUUAUGCAAAAUUAUUCAGGUAGAGAAAACGGCAAAUUUAGACGUUAAAAUACCUUUGUGUAUAUUAGAAAGUAUUGAUUUGUUAAAAAUAAGCAUAGUAGAAUUUUGAGAUCAGUUUUUCUAGACAUACAUCUACAUUAGCGCCAACUGGUGGACACAAAAACGGUUGCCCUCAUUGUCACUGUCAGAUGACAGUGUCACCGUGGUAAAACCAUCGAACACUGUCUAUGACCGUAAUAUGAUAAGAUUCAUACACCGUAGGCUGGUAAAACCCGACAGAUUUUAACCACGCAUUCCUGAGGUCAUGAGGAGCAAAAAAAUUUAUAUAAGUUUUGGGAAAAUUCGGCAAAAUAUUUUUUUUAUCAGACAAUAAAAAAAUUUUUUUUUUGCUUUUUCUUCAUACGGCACGUUAUUUCUUCUUACAUCUUGUCGAAAAAAAAAACUAAUUAGUUACAACGAAUAAGUAAAGUUUUUUUUAUUUACACUGAAAAUUGCGAGUUUCUUAUAAAACUUUUAUGUCUGCCAACAGGUAUAUCUAAACCAAGUCACAUAGUGGCAGCGUCGCAGCCAAAAAUGCGUUUUUCACUAAGUUAUUACACAAACAAUUUUAUACAAAAAUUGUCAUUAUCUCUAAAACAAGACCGAUUUCAGGAAACUUUGUAUCACAUUUUAGUCUCUAAAUGCGGUCAAGAAUACACCUUUAAAAUUUGUCGGGUUUUAUCAGCCCACGGUGUAUACUAGCCGUGUCUUAUCCAACCUCGACAUUGGCAGAAUCAUCAACACCUUGAUGGAGCCAUAACACGAAAAAUUGAUUGAUUGAUGAGAAAUUGUCUUUGUAACGAAGCUAACCUGACCUAUACCUGUAUAAUUAUUGUAAUUAUAUAAUAAGGAAUUACUAAUUGACUAAAAUAUAUAUUAAUAGUCUGUUCUAUUAGGUUCUUAACCUCCCGAGACCCAGACACAGUUGUUUUGUUGUUGAAUCUUUUGGUAAUUAAUGAAAGUUCAGAAUAGACUGGAAUAUGUACUAAAAUUUGUACCGGGGGCCUCAGGAGGAUACAAAUAUCACAUAUAUUCAGCCCGUGAUGUAAUAACAUAGGUCGAGUCAAGUGUUUUUGUUCCAAAACCUCAUAGAUCAGACUAUAAUAAAAUUAAAUGCUCUUGAUCUCAUUGAAUCGAACAAAUUAUUGGCAACAUAUAUAAUAUAAUGUAAAAUAAGAACGGAUGCGUGUAUUUUUCCUUUAUUUAUUUUGGCAUUUUCUAACAUUAUUUGAACUACAUAUAGGAUGUAACAGAAAUAGUGGGAACCCGUUCAUAUUCGAUAUCGUCUGAUUAGGAAAAAGUAGCAGAAAAUUGUUUAUGACGCGAAAAAAAAUUCUAUGGGGCUGGACGUUCCAUUCGGCCAAAAAAUUUUCGCGUCAAAAACAUACAUAACUAUUUUUGUUACAUGUAUGUAUAAAUUGAUGGAGUUUAAUUUAGGUAAUAUUAAGAUAUUUGAAAUUAUGUACGUAUAUAACAAAAAGCUGAACUUGUUGUUACAACUGAUACAGACGCAGCUAUGUUUAAAAUAAGACAAUACACUUGUCUCAUUCUAACACAUGUCGAUUUCCGAAUCGCAACGAUAAAUUGUAUUAAAAAUUGUAAGCAGAUCGUAUAAGAGCUUAUUGAUGUACAUUAUUUUCGUUUUAUAUGUGUAUGAUUUCUAUGUCAAGUAAAUAAGAUGGAAGUAAUUUUAGGUUAGUAUGACGCAUAUGUAUGUUGCGUUUUCGUUUUGUUGCGUGUUCGUUAUGCGUGUCAUUGUUUCACGUUUGAUUACUGUGUCGGUACAGUUUGCAGCAAAAAUAGCUGACGGGAAUAUUAGUACUGUUUAUAGUUGUUCUUUUAACAAAGAACCGAUAAAAAGCUGGUUUUUUAAUCUUUUCGGGCCUGAGAAAUUUUAAGUUAUUGUUACUCAGAUUCACGGGUUCACAAGGGUUUUCAGUUUAUCCUCGUCCUGCCGAUCAUACUCACAAGGAAAGGUACCCAACUGUCCGGUUCCGAUUCGAUUUAUAUUGUUAUAGAGUAGUCUAAAAUAACGGACACGUAUUUUUUUUUAGCUGCCCAAACUCAUCCUAUUGGGAGAAAUUGUCCUCCAAAGUACUAAAAAGUUACUAAAUCUUCUAACUCCUAUAGAAAGUGAUGCUCGAGCAACUUGCUAGUUAAUGGCUUGUUCGAGUAUAUAACUCAUGUUUGCUUAAACUCAUUUUUUCCUUAAUACAACUAAACCAUCCUCAAGAAUCACAUGAAUCCGUUCAGUAGUUUUCGAGUUUAUUGCGAACAUACAAACACAGACGCCGCGGGGAACUUUGUCUUAUAAAUUGUAAUGUUUUUUUUUACGUUUGUUACAUUCUGUACAUACCUAUUAGUACAUUAAUGUCGUGUGCAAUGUAGACGUAACCUAGAAUACUAUAAUAUAACCUUCGAUUUCCCGAUUAUAAUACGAUUAAAUCGUUAAUCGUGUCCUAUAGUUAAUAUAUAUAUAUAUAUAUAUAUAUAUAUAUGUAAGACGAACAGUAAAAAUGUAUGUACUUAACCAAAUAUCUUCAUGAUUAUCUUUGUUUUAGUGUUGCUUACCUUGUUUUGAAAAAUAGAAUAUUUCAGUCAGUAAAAACCCUUUUUAAGUUGCAAGUGACCUAGUUAGAGCAGUUGUGGCAAUGAACAUAAUUUAGGUAUAUAUUUGCCAUAUCUUGCCCAAUUUUCUUAAUAAUUUUAGCAAAGUUAUAAACUUAUUGCUUUUACUAGCGUUUAGGGCAAGUUUUAACUACAUUUUAACUUUGCUUGUGAAGUAAAAAUGUUUUAAAAUAUCUCUAGCUAUUUCUACAGCCUAAUUACAAUUCGAGGCAAACUUGGUCCAAUAAUUAGAGUAAAUAUUUCGGGGGCCCAUUUCUCGAAACUUACCGUUCGAGAAAUGGGCUCCAUAUUAGGCUAAUAUUAUUAGUGUGUUGUGUCAUAUGGAAAUCCAUAUGAUUUGACAGUUUGUGGACUGAUAAUAUUAGUCUAAUACCGUUUGAGAAAUGGACCCCUGAAUUAAGAUCUAUUAGAGAAAAGGAUGUUGUGUUCCUUGGAAUCACAUCGCUCAGUCUAUAAUAUCUUCUUUUAAUAACCAUCUUGUACAGUCAGCGUCAAAUACUUCGUAGCAGUCAAAGUAGCCAAAUAGUUCGGUACACCAUAUAUUUAGUAUGGUGUACCGAACUAUUUGGCCACUUUGACUGCUACGAAGUAUUUGACGCUGACUGUACUAUACGUUAUUUUCAAAAUUGUACAGAUAUUGUUCAACACAAGAUACGUAACGCAACUAAAUUUUUUUUAUUUAUUUAUUGUAGGUUAAAGAUUAUACUAGCACUAGUUCGACCCGAUAUCAAAUUUACAUAUAUCACUUCCUCUAUCCUUUUCCUUCUUAAUACAUUGUUCUAUCUUAACAUUUCCUCUCUUUCGAAUUCGGGUCAAAAAUAAAAGAUAUAUUUAUGAAAAGAGUAUAUUAUACUUUAAUAUAUUGAACUUGUAAAGAUAGACUGAUUUAGUGGUACCCAUAAAUGUUUAGAUUUAAUCUACUUUCUUUUAGAAUAAACUAUUAACUGUGUGAUUUA